AUGUGCUUCAAAUAUCACUGCAUCGACUGCAAGCAGAACAAGUACAGCUCCUGUAAGGACUACGACGAAGAUACCCGCAAAUGUGGCGAUGGUACUGAACCAGUUCCAACCAUCCGAAUUCCUCAAAAAUGUGGCACUUGCGUGACCAUCAGAGGAGCAAUUCGAGGUCUCCGGGUCCUUCUUUUCAGAGAACCAUGGCUCGCCACCGAAGGCCUGGCUGGGGCGCCAAAGAAAGAGAGCUGGGAGAUGGGGGUUGACGAGAAACACGACUGGGACCACGACUACCAGUCAGGAGGUGAAGACGAGGACGGCUACACGCAGGAGAAGAGAAAGGCUAUCAGAGAGGAGGCAGAGCGUGCAGUGGCCGCGCGCUGGGAUGCUAUGAAGAAAGAGCAGGAAGAGAACUCUCAAUGA